UAUACUGUACAAGUGUACAGUGAUGUAUUGAUAGAAUAUUGAAGUGAUGUCAUGUCCAAAACCAAACAGAAACUAAGAUAAUAAUAGUAAAAUAGUUUGAACUUCUAUGAACCAGUGUUUUCGUACCGUACAUCAUAUUAUGUAAACGAACAUUUCUGCUGAUCAAGCUAUAAUAUUAUCAUUUUAAAGCAAAGUAGGCUAAUUCAUUAAUCAAGAUGUGGUUUCUUUAUCUUCUUAGUUGGAUAGCUCUUCUUGUGCAAAUUUCCUUUAUAACUGUAUCUUUGGCUGCUGGCUUAUACUACAUUGCAGAACUAGUUGAAGAGUACACAGUAUUAUCGAAAAAAAUAAUAAGAUGGAUGACAGUUACUACUCUAAGCAUCUACCUGGGAUUCUUGCUGUUUGAAGAUUUGCCCACUUCCAUGAUAGUUUGCGGACUGCUUGCUCAGGUCGCUCAUCUGUUGAUUCUUCAGACAUUUCCCUAUGUCUCCCUGUCUUCACCAUCAUUCAUAUUUGCUGUGAUCUUGCUUCUAGUCAACCACUACCUAGCGUUUAAAUACUUCAAUAGUAUUUAUCACUCAUUUUCUGAGGUGAUGGCAUACUUCACACUCUGCCUUUGGCUUGUACCAUUUGCCCUGUUCGUCUCAUUGUCAGCCAAUGAAAAUGUUCUACCAACAAUAUCAGAAUCAACACCUUUACUGGGUGGGGACAAUGAUGUGGUGACAAAUUAUUUUUCAACCCGCAAUAAAAAAUAUGGAUUGCUCACAUUUUUUAACUACGCCAAAGACUCAAUACUUCCUCAAAGAAGCAAGAAGACUUUUUAAAUAGGUUUU